UUCCAGUUUUAUACUAUUUUUAAUUUACAUGUUUUUGACUAUAUAGAGUUUUGUGGGACUACAAGAAACAAACUAUUACAACAUUACUAUUACUACAAACUGUGCCAUUUGAUAUAGACGCUUAUUUUAGCCGCUAGAAUUAGCAAUAGGUUGCUAGUUUUUAUUUUAUUUCUAAAUUAACUUAAAUAACGUUUUUUUAAUUUAUUACAUUAAACAGAUGAAUAUCUGCAUAUAGAAAGCAUUGUUCCCAGGAUACCAAUAUGAAAGACCGUUUCUGUUAUCUUAAGCUAGUUAGCUGCUAACCAUUAGCUUUGGAGACGGUAGCGUAUGUGCUCGGCCGGAUAUGCGUCAUCCGGCUGAUGACGCAUAUCCGGCUGAGCACAUGGCUAAUUAACCCGGUGAAUAUUCAUGAGAUGGCCGAGCUGGGAGACGGUGGAAGAGUCGAUUGCAAUACAUGAAGUGCGGAGUUUCAACUUGCCGUCUUACGUGAACAGAUGUCUGAUAAGGUAUUUGAUAAACGUGUUGUUGCCGAUUUCUACGGAAACGCUCAUCUCGUACUUUACUAUAGAAGGUGAUGUACGGUAGAAACUGUUGUGCUAAGAGCGAUCGUCCAGGGUUCAACGCAGGCUUAAAGGGGCAUCCGAUCACACGUAGCGUCAUGUUUUAGUGGUCAAAAACUUCACAUACAGCCAGAUAAAUCAUUGUAAAACAAGCUCUGUGCUUCGGUUUACGUUAUAUGCGACGCGGAAGGCACGGGCCCGGUCAGGGAGCUAUCUGUCGCCCGGGGCCCGGCGCGGGCCUGGUCAGAGCCAUGAUGUCCAAAAGGAAGGCCAGGAUAAAGCCUGUUGAAGAUGCAAUCUCAUACAUUCUGUCAGCGAGAGACAAGCCAUGGUUUGCAGAGAGAUUUAUCAAUAAUAUCAAAGGAAGAGGAGUGUUUGCUACCGAACCAAUCGAGCAAGGUUCUUUUGUGUUGGAGUACAGAGGUGAAUUCAUAUCAGCAGAAGAAUGCCAGUCAAGGAACUACUCAGAGACACAGAGUGCAUUUCUGUAUGAGUUUGAUUGGAAGAAAAGCCAGUGGUGUAUUGAUGCAUCCAAGGAAGACGGCUCCCUUGGAAGAUUAGUGAAUGACAACCACAAAUAUCCGAACUGCAUCAUGAAAAAAGUUAUAGUAAACAACAGGCCACAUUUGUGUCUGUUUGCUGUGAGGAACAUAGAAGUAGGAAUGGAACUUGAUUACAACUAUGGUGAUUCAAAAUGGCCAUGGCGUCAAAAGGUGACAUCUAAGCAGGCUCCAGCACCAGAAGAAGAGAUGGCUGCGCUUCCUGUUAAUCUGUCUUCCUGUGUUUAUGAUGAUGAUAAGAAUGCUGCUGCUGCUGAUGGACCAAAGGUGACAUCCAAGCAGGCUCCAGCACCAGAAGAAGAGAUGGCUGCACUUCCUGUUAAUCUGUCUUCCUGUGUUUAUGAUGAUGAUGAGAAUGCUGCUGCUGCUGCUGAUGGACCAAAGGUGACAUCUAAGCAGGCUCCAGCACCAGAAGAAGAGAUGGCUGCACUUCCUGUUAAUCUGUCUCCUGUGUUUAUGAUGAUGAUGAGAAUGCUGCUGCUGCUGAUGGACCAAAGGUAA